UUUCAUUCGAAAUACGGGCUCGUUCGCCCGUCCAAUACGGGCGAUCAAAUGCUAUCGAAUGCCGCGUGUACUACACCUCCCGCCUCCCUUUGUUGACGCGGAAAGAAACACCGUGACAGUGACUCCCCCCUCCCCCUCCCAAGCCAACACCCUCCUCGAACCAUCGUCGAAGAGGAGAGGAGCAGAUAGAACGUCUCCAAUAAACUUAAAAUAACGUGGAAGACCGAAAACGGGAGAAAGUGCGGGCGAGAGCGACAAGGAGAAGAGGCUCGAGACAAGGAGGAACUAAAGCACGGAGAGAGAGAGAGCGUGACGGGGACAAAGAAAAGGUUGCGCGGGGAGAGGGAGGGAUAUACGCAACCACCGUCGUCGUGUUGGAUCACGGGGGCGUAGAGGAGCUGACACGCGAUAGACGGAGAGAGAGAGAGGGAGAGGGAGAUAGAGCGGGACAGCGAGCCGCGGGUGGCGAGGGGGCCCCGCGUGAGCGCGACAGCGAGGGAGUGAGAGACGGAGUGAGACGAGGCGAAGCGUGGGUUAACGCAUGUGCACAGGGCGCCUCGCGUCGCGGCGCCGGUCGGAGGCUGCGAAACCAGAAUUCGCGGACCAGAGUGGUCGCAUCUCUCGGUACAGUUAUACCACGCGCAGCGCAAGGUCCCCAAGGCCCGCGGUUUUCCAUGAAAAUCGAGGAGCGCGCGGCCGAAGCGACGCCGGCCGACUCGACAGUCGUAGAAUCGCGGGUAGAUCGACGUGACGAUGCCGCCGCGACUAUCGUCGCCCGUGUUACGGUGACGAACCGUGAUCGCCGCGAGAGCAGUAGCAGCAGUGUGCACGUGCGACUCGAGGAUGGCCGGGAUACUGCUACGCUUCCAACGUUCGAUCGUUCGAUGCUAGUUGUUCGUCGAUGCUGUUGUCUACGCUCUACGAGCCGAUCCGCCGAGAGAGCCGAGUCCAGUUAACAGGGACGAGAUCGUCGUUUGUACAGUUCGGAAUAUAACCGAAUAACGGUGUAAUAUUACUACAAAGGAUCGAAUGGUUUUUUCGCACCAGUUUCCCCUCGAGCUUGGCGUCUCUUUGGAUUUACGUUCGUGUUAAGAGAUUGGAUAGAGAAACGGAUAAGAUAGUUCUCUUACUCUAUCUCUUCCAAAGAAUUUUACAGAGAUUGAAGAAAGAGAGAAGAUCGCAUUCGGAUUCGGUGCGCGCGAUCGAUUCGGUGGCGCAAACAACGAGGAGGGGGAGAUCGCUGUUACGAAAUUUGUAUCGAAUCGAAAUAAAUUAAUCGACGACAAUCGAAAUUGAACCUCAAGUAUCCAUGAACCGCUAAGGCAAUCGCUCGCUUAUUUUUUAUUGUUCUUCAUCGGCAGACGGCUUCAUCUGUGCGCGGCUUCGAGCCUGUGUGUUUACAUCCCGAUGUUUUGAUGCGAAACGUCCUCGCGCGGCAGAGGUCGAGCGUGGUCAAAACAAUAUUAAGGAGAAACACUGCUGCGGCGAGCGCUGUCUCGCGGAUAUUGUGGCACGGUUACGGUGGCGAACAGGCUCGUACGGUGAGCGUCAGGGUGAUGGUGAUUGGACUCGCAUGCUCGUCCCGCCUCGUAGAGCAGAGUAGUAAGUUUCCAAGGAGGACACAUGUUUGGUGGACGGUGUCGGGUCGUUUCUGUCGGUGGCCGUUGCUGGCCGACUCGGUGACUGUUUACACGCGGUCUGUCGGGGCCAGGGGCGAGUGCAGCAGCAGCAGCAGCAGCAGCAGCAAGGCCGAAGGGCUGGUGCGUGGAGGGAAGAAGCAGCCACGACGGAGGCCAGCGCCGGGGCACGGGCGACAAGAAGAAGGCCCCCGGUGCAGGGAAGAGGCAAGGGAGAGGGCGAGAGCGGGGCCAGCGUAGCAGCAACGGCCCUGAAACUACAGGGGAACCUAGCUACCCCCUUGCACAGGGGGGAGACAAGGGGGAGACCUCGCCGACGGAGGCGACGGAAAAAGAAGCGACGGAGGUGCGGCACAACUUCGUUAGCAGGGUGGACAGAGGAACGGAACGUGUCUGGAGCGGCUUGGCGUUUUGAACGAAGGUACCAAAAAACGAACGAAGGAGAACUCUGAGAUAUCACCGUCUUUAACCAACCCCCCUCGUGUACAAGUUUCAAAACAACAACUCGAUCAUUCUCCCAAAAUUCAUAACUCGCUCUCAUUAUUAAUAGGUUCUCUAGUAGUAGUAGUGCUCCAGUUUCUUUCUUUUCGUUUCUGUAAACGAAUAAAAAUAAAUGGGAUAUCCGAGUGUGAUAUAAAACAACGGGCAGGAGAAAAAGAAAGGAGUGGGAGGGAGAAGGGGAAGAGAGGGACACGAAGGAAGGAGUAAUAAUAAUAAUAAUAAUAAUAAUAAUAAUAAUAAUUCUACAAGUGAUUUCCAAGUGAUGUCGGUGUGAUACGAGUGUUUGCGUGUUGUACGAAAGUGUGUCGUGGAGGGGGGAGGAGGAGGAGGAGAUGUUUCGUGUAUAAAUAGAAGAGGAGAGAAAAAAAAAAAUCACCCAUGUAUACGUAAAUAAGGACGUGUGUGUCGCAGUGUGUCCGAGUAUUCGAGUACAAAAGAAGAAUAUUACGAUAAAAAUAAAUAAAACCAACACAUAGAAAACCACGAUAAGAAAGAAACGAGAGAGAGAGAGAGAGAGAGAAAGAAACCGAGCAAGAGUCGUUAUAGGGGGGGGAGAGAAAAGAGAGGGGAGAUCCCUCGAAGCGUGAAAGACUCGAAGGAAGGAGAAAGAGAGGAAGACUCGUGACUCGUGAUAAACAAUAAUAGAAGAAAGAAGAAGAAAAAAAAAAGGGGGGGCCGAGGUGGAAUCAGAAGGUGGGCCAGGUGGGACAGUAGCAUGAGUUCGUAUUUCGCGAAUUCGUACAUCCCGGACCUGCGUAAUGGCGGGGUGGAACACCCGCAUCAGCAUCAGCAGCACUACGGUGCGGCCGUCCAGGUGCCCCAGCAGACGCAGUCGGUGCAGCAACAGUCCCAGCAGGCCGGGGACCCGUGCGACCCGAGCCUGCUACGCCAGGGCGUGCCCGGCCACCAUUACGGGGCGGCGGGCAGCCAGCAAGACAUGCCUUAUCCGAGGUUCCCGCCCUACAACCGGAUGGACAUGCGUAACGCGACGUAUUAUCAGCACCAACAGGACCACGGGAGCGGGAUGGACGGGAUGGGUGGUUACAGGUCGGCGUCGCCGAGCCCUGGCAUGGGCCACAUGGGGCACACGCCGACCCCUAACGGGCACCCGUCCACCCCGAUCGUGUACGCGAGCUGCAAGCUGCAGGCGGCGGCGGUCGAUCACCAGGGGAGCGUGCUCGACGGGCCGGACAGCCCGCCGCUGGUCGAGUCGCAGAUGCACCACCAAAUGCACACGCAACACCCCCACAUGCAGCCGCAGCAGGGCCAGCACCAGUCGCAAGCACAGCAGCAGCAUCUUCAGGCGCAGCAGCAGCACAUGAUGUACCAGCAGCAGCAGCAGUCGCAGGCGGCCUCGCAACAGUCGCAGCCAGGCAUGCACCCGCAACAGCAGCAGCAAGCUCAGCAACACCAAGGGGUGGUCACGUCGCCGCUAAGCCAGCAGCAACAGGCCGCGCCUCAGGGCGCGGCAAGCGCCAACCUACCGAGCCCUCUGUACCCGUGGAUGAGAAGUCAAUUCGAGAGGAAACGAGGCCGGCAAACGUAUACCCGAUACCAAACCCUCGAGCUCGAGAAGGAGUUCCACUACAACCGAUACCUGACCAGGCGGCGUCGCAUCGAGAUCGCGCACGCGCUCUGCCUUACCGAGCGGCAAAUCAAAAUCUGGUUUCAAAACAGACGGAUGAAAUGGAAGAAGGAGAACAAGUCGAAGGGCACGCCCGGCUCGGGCGACGGGGACACCGAGAUCUCGCCGCAGACGUCGCCGCAGGGUUGAGAGAUCCCCGAGGAGUGGAACUUCCAAAGAGGUCUCAUCUCUCUCAGGGUCGUUAAUACCUUGUUUCCAGCACUACCUCCUCCCCCAUACACACACACACACACACAUACGCCCCGAUCGAGUAUACACACCUUCGAAAAGAAAGGAGAAUCGAAUCCCCGAAAAACUGCCUACACAUACACAUACACAUACACAUACACAUAUACCUUCCCCACUCAUACAGCAAUGACGCUUAUUUUCUGUCGUGUUAAUCAAGUUGCUCGUACCAAAAAUGGAAGAGGACAACGUCGUUAAAGGAAUAGAAAGAGAGAGAGAGAGAGAAGAGAUAUUACGCGAACCGACAGUGUGGAUGGAAGUGAAGAAGACGGAACGGAUAGAGAUGGCGCGACGGAGCGAGUAGAAGAGGAAGAGAGAUAGGACACACGGAAAGAGUCGGAUGAAGAUUUACAGGGACGAAUCUUCUGGAUCACAUGCUAAUCAGAACCGCGUUAACCUCUGUUACAUUUAAUCGAAUGUAAUUGUACUAAAGCCUAUAUAAUAAUUAUAAUAGAGAUAAUUUGACAGAGAGAGAGAGUGUGUAUGGAAGGGUGCGUGAGAGAGAAAGAUUAUACGUACUUUACGAAAAAAGAAAUUCGCGAAUGUUAUUAUUAUUAUUAUAGCGAGAUUGUAAUUGGAUUCUUCUGUAAUUGUAUAGUAGUUCGUAUGGAUGAGUAGAGUUUUGAAAGCGUGUAAAGUAUAUAUAUACAUAUAAAUAUAUAGAUAUAUAUAUAUAUAUAUAUAUAUGUAUACAAAUAUAUAUAAAAAAAAAAGUGGGGAUUUUAGAAUGUGACGACAAGCGAGUAUAUAUAUAUAUAAUGGAUAUCUCGUUAGAGGGGAGAAGAUUCGUUGUAUCGCGUGGAAAAAAAAAAAGAAAAAAAUUAUCCUUUAGGCGAAAGCGAAGUUUUAUUAUUUAUUCUCUUACACGUCGUGUACACGCGUAGAGUCCGCGUAGCGCGGUAUGAUAGAUCGUUAAUCGGGGAUAAUUUAAAGGAAAAAGAGAAAAAAAAAGAAGGACGGAAAAAUCGUGUCUCUAGUUAGCGUAGUAGACGAUGAUGAAAACGGUAUAGUGUUCUGUAGAAGAUCGUUUAGAUAGGUUUUUUUCUCUCCAUGAUAACCGCGAUGGGGCUCAGAGCGAGGGUUUAUUACAUUCGAAUAAAUCGCGUACGUGCCAAGUGUGAUCUUCUCGAACGUGUGUUUUUCUCCAGUGCCGGAAGGAUUGGAAGAAGUGCUGCUCUGCCGAGGAAGAGGAAAAAAAAAUCGAUGGAACGGCUUGGAGAAAUUAAUUGGAGAGAGAGAGAGAGAGAGAGAGAGAGAAGGGGGGGUGAGAAAUUAAGAAAUGAUGCGAUCUCGAUUAUUAAUAUCGUGGAUUACCAGUGAAAUUUCAGUGCGGGUGGUUUAUAUGGCAAUCGGUUAAAAUUCCAGUGAUUUUUUUUUGGUGAUCGAUAGAAGGAAAUCCGUUUUUCUUCGGAUCGAAUGAUUGAAAAACAGUGCUGUUCUUGGGAAGGCCUCCGACGGAGCAGAGAAUCUCGAAUCUACUUGACAUUUCUUCAUCGGUGUCGUCGCAAGGUCAGUUCAAAAAUUCUACGCUUUAUUCCUGCAAAUUUCUUCUUUUUCUUCUUUUUUUUAUCUCUUCUUUUCACAAUCGUGGAAUUUGUUCUUUCGAAUAUAAUUCUGUUUGAAGAACGUGUCAAAAUGGACUUCUUUUAUUUAUUUCUCGUCAGCUGAAAUAUUACGGGUAAUAUUUUAAUAUAAUUGUGCAUUUGCAAUCAAAAGUAUGGUUCACUACUUGAAAGAAAGUGUCGUAAUUUUAUUAUCUUAUAUUAUCUUUUAUAUUUUACUUACAACGUAUUAUUCAGAAAAUUUUAAACCUUCUUGCAAACACUUUUCAUCAACGUAGAUGACGCCAUAAAGUAUUUAAAAGAAUUGUUUCGCUAAUUCGUUUUCGUUCCCUUUGUAAAUAUUCGAACAAUGAAAGAGAGAGAAAAAAAGGAAAAAACCUACUUCGACAAGAGAGAGAGAUCCUCGAUAGAAUGAAAAUUCGGGGAAUUUUUGGGGGCGAGUGAUCAUUGAAAUUUUACCGCUGCUGCUCCGUGAGAUACGAGGCCAAGUUACCAGUGAUGUAAUUCGUAGCAUAUUUUUGGAAUAGGAUGCUUUCGGCAUGAAACCGCUUGGCACCUUAACCUGCUCCGAGAGGAGAGCAGAGCCGCCGACAAAAGGCAUUAUCUAGCUCUUCUUUAAUUCAAAAAGUUUAUUCUGAAAGAAGAGAGAGUGUUUAAAACGAUAAAAAUAAAAUUAAAAAUUCCAUACCGUUGUCAUUAUUUUAUCAAAAUUUUAUCAUAGUAUUCAUCUUGAAAUCAAAUUUCACUCACUUAUAUUCUUCAUAGAAAAAGAUCUAAAAUCAAUAUGGUUUUAUAUUAAAAUAAUCACUUGAUUAAAAUAAUCUCCAUUUUCAAUAGUAGUAAUCGCUAGUCAUACGUUCUCCAUGCGUGUCAAUUAUAAUCGCUGCUUCGUUUCUUAGUGUAUAUUCGACAAAUUACAUGGCGGCUCUGUUCUCCAUGGAUAUCCAUCGAACGCGUGUUAAGCGUGCCAGGCAGUGACCAAACGCACCAUCUAUCGGCCUGGUUGACAAAUUCAUACGGGGAAUCGAUGACAGGAUCGAUGACGUCGCUCUGUCGUCCAACCGGGCUGAAGACACGUCGGAGAACUUUGCCGCGGCGAAUUCUUGUGCUGUGUUGUAAAACUUAGAUUCGACAUUAAUUUAGUUUAUACCUUGUAUACACGCAAUUUAACGAUAUACGUAAUGAUAAUUAAAUACGUAAUAAUGUAUAAACGAUGACAACGGUGAAAAGACGAUAUUUAAACACAGCGAAUGAGAGAGAAAAAAAAAAUAAAUAAAUAAAAAAAUAAAAAAAGAAAAGAGAAAAGGAGGAAGGGAAAAAUAUAGAUGUACAUAGGAGGAAAUAAUCUAGGGAUCUCGCAAACCUCGUUUACAUGUAGAUAGCAUGGAUUCGAAGAAUGUUCCCGUAGGACACGGAAUAAUGUCUCGCGAACUUUCUUUUGGACCGUUCUCGCGUUAACGAGGAGAAAAAGAAAAAAACAAAAAAAGAAAAAACGAUCGUGAAAAAAAGGGGGAAAAAAAAAUAAAAAUAAAUAAAUGGAAAAUAUAUGGAAACUGAUAUACGUAAUACAAUGGUCCAGCUCGCGCACGCGCAUCGAUUGAGCACCGGCCGGCCUUUCUUUCUCGAGAGAUUUAUUUAUGUAUAACUUUUUGUCCUUGAGGAGCAACGAACUGUGAAAAACGGAAGAUAUAGUCGACGAUCGCUCGCUGUCUCUUCUUUUUUCUUUUUUUUUUUUUUUUUUUUUUUCUCUUUUUUCGGGGGGGAAGCGCCGAAACCCCGUACGUUUACGGUCAGGGGUCGUGAUUCUAAAUUGCUCGGGCAAAUUGGCGUCAAUUAAGCUCGAUAGCCCGUCGAGGGGCUUCGCGUCGCUGUCGGUAUGGGUUUUCGUGAAAGUUUCAAGGAAAGAGGAACACCGGCGAUAAAUAACGAAUCUUCGAUUUUUCGUUCUGAUCUACUUACCUUGAAUUGUUUCCUCUCUUCUCUUUCUUCGUUUCAUUUUAUUGUUUCGACUCGAUGUCGAGUCGGUAAACGCUACAAGUUUUAGGUUAGGUUAUCUUUUGCCUCGCCAGUUACAUCGAAAGUUACUUAAUAAAAAUAUAUCCAUUUUCCUUAUCGCGAUCGUUAUUGAAAUUAAUUUUAACGAAAAAAAAAUACAACACACUUCUUCCUUUUUCUUCGGUUAAUAUUUUCUUCGUUCAAAUAUUCUCGAACAACACGUUCACCAUACUCGAACCAGUACGUAAUAUAUUUUUGUUUCGUCGUUUCUCCGCCGGUGGCAGGUAGCUCUGUCUGUCCGUCUAAUCGAGAUGGAUUUCGAUUAAUUCGUCAUUCGUUCUAUUUAUUUAUUCUUUUUUUGUUAUUUAUCUAUUUUUUAUUAAUCACGUAUCACGAUGAUUAAUAAAUUUUGUUUCUUGUUCGGAAAAAAAUUAAAGUAUCUUCUCUUGAGUAAUAUUGAUUUAAUAUUGACAAUGUUCGCGAUAAAUCGAUUAAUCUUACAUCGAUUCGGAUGUUAUUUUUUUGCGCGUUUCACGGUGGAUAAGCGAGACAUGUGUUAAUUUAGACCGCAUUAAUCAGUGAUACCAUCUAUGUAGGCCAGGUAAUGGCCGGCAUUGAAACUUAGGGUGCGGCUUUCAGAGACAAAGGAAGUAUUUAUUGCCUUUGCGUCAUAGUAUCAACGUGUUACGACAUAUAAUGGUCAAAGUGGAGGCAAAAUUUCACGCAUAAAUGCUUGCAUGACAAACCGUUUCCAGAAACUUUUCGUACCCGCUAGAUUGGCAACAUUAAUCCUCGUUUCGAAUUGAUUGGCAAAAACACGUUUGCACAUUGUUGUAUCUCAAUUCAUAAUUGCGUAUACGUUCGUAGCAGAAAGUUAAAUCGAUCGAUCGGAAAUAUGUAUCUUUUCUUUUUUUUUUUUUUUUUUUUUUUACCAUUCUUUUGUUCAUUCAAGGUCCCGUGGUUCGGCGCGUACAAAUGAGAAAAAUUUGUUCGCUCUUUAUUGGUAAAAUUUAUCACCGGUAUUUCUCUCGCAACCAAUCGUUCGUGGAAAAACAGAAUUGUGCAAUAAUCACGCGACGCUGCUUUACGUGAUAAACCGUGCGGUUCUCAAUUAUUUAUUUUAUUAUCAUCCGUCGUUCGUAGACGAAAAUGCAAUUUUGGAAUCUGAAACAAAAAAAAAAAAAAAAAAAGAAAUUAUCAACAAAUCGAUAAAUUUAUUUAUUUUACGUACCGCGAGCGAUCGCCGUGAAAAAUCGGUUUAGCUUAAAAAAAAAAAAAAAAAAAUGAAAAUUUUGUAUCCAUCGGAAUACAAGCGAAUUAAUAAUUACUUAUAUAUAGAGUAAAAAUAUAUAUGUAUAAAUGCGGCAAAAAAAAAAAAAGAAAGAGAGAGAAUAAGGAGGGAGAAGAAAAAGAAAAGAAAAUUCCUAGAAUUAAUCGGAAUGUGUAAAAUGCAAAUUAUAUAUUUUAUCUUUACUCUUAUAUAGUCGCGUAAAAAUUAAACAGAUAUAAUAUACGUAAUUUAAUAAACGAAAAAUGAAAAAAAAAAAAAAAAAAGAAAACGAAAAGAAAGAAACGUGUGUAUACCGUGAUUGUACAUGUAGAGUUAAACAGGCAGAGAAUUAAGGAACAAGUAGGGAGAGAGAGAGAGAGAGAGAGAGAGAGAGAGAGAGAGAGAGAGAGAGAAAGUAACAGCGAAACGUGUGUGUGUACGUACGAAGUGAGUCACUAAGCUAGCGCUUAAUCGAUAAGGUUAACGUAUAAAGCCUAAGAUCUUAAGAUGAUAAUUAAAUAGAAUUAAGGAAACGGGCAUGUCGGUUGCAGCGUGUGGGGGCGGUGGUCGUGAGAAAAAAAAAAAAGGAAAAAAAGAAAAGAAAAAGAGAAGAAAAAAAAAAAAA